GAAAAUUUCUGGCAAUGGCACUUUGUACUUUCCACCAUUUUUGGCCCAAUACUAUCGUUCCGAUGUGCAUGAGACCAUGUAUCGAUGCCGUGCCACCAAUGAAGUUGGGACCAUUCUCAGUCGCAAUGUUCACGUACAAGCAGUGGUACGCCGACAAUUCCACGUGCACGUGGAAAACACCGAAGUCUUUUUGGGGAAUUCCGCAUUGAUUAAGUGCGCUAUACCGGACUAUGUGCGUGCAUAUGUCAAAGUGGCCAGUUGGCAACGCGGUGAGGAGAUGCUGUUACCGGAUCUGUCGGAUGUUGCUGGCCGCUAUGUUGUCCUAUCGGCGUCUGGAGAUUUGUACAUUCGAGCUGUGCGAACCGAAGAUAGUUUGGUGAAGUAUUCGUGUCUAGUCACCAACACUCUAAAUGGCGAUAGACAGCGCAGUGAGGCUGUUAUGUUGCAGGUCAAAGAGCUUAGCAAAAACUUAGCACCACGAACGACACAAAAACCUGUGAUGGACAUUCAUGUGGAACGUGGCAAUGAUGUACACAUGCCCUGUAACAUACAGGGCAGUCCUUUACCUAUAUUCAC